AUGGAGGGCACGUCCGUGGGUAAUUCUUCGGUCGCUAGAGCGACGCGCGAUGUAGCUUCUCACCAAGCGUACCAACAGAACCUUAGUCUCGAAUCCUCUAUCAAAGGCAGGAUAAAAAUCCUGCAGAAUCAUUCGAGCCCGUUCCUACUCGAAAUACAAAGGGGCGACUAUUGGGCCGAAAUUCGAACGGCCCUGGAGCAAGCUCCCUCUCAAGGAGAGUAUAACCGAUUACUUCAGUUCGAGAAUAGGGAUCUCCGGAUCCGAGAACUGAAGCAUUCGUGUUUUCUUUUUUUUUCAAACCUGCUUUCUGAGAAUCCUGCCUUGACCGAAGAGGCCUCCUCCAAUCCUCAGGAAGCCCUUAUCGACUUCUUUGACGAGAAGCGGGACGAGCUGGACACCCACCUAGAGUGGAGCACGUCGGAAAGGGACGGGGAGGAACUCCUUUUUUUGGAGCAUGUUGAGCAAGAUCUCAGAGAGAGGGGCCCCGACUCUCUAUAUAUAAAAAGGAUUCUUGGGAUAUAA